CCGACAAGAGUGCUUGGCCUCUCCUUUCAGUUAUACAGAAGGGGAGAGAGAGAGACAGAGAGAGAGAGAGAGAGAGAGAGAGAGAGGGGGGAAGCCUGUGUGUUACAGAGAGAUACAGAGAAGGAAGAUGUUCGUGUGUUCAAGUGAACAGCAGGGUUUGUAAGUGUCAGAUAAGAUAGGACAGAGUGUUUGAUAAAGAUAUUUUAGUAUAGAGAGAAGUAGGAGUAAGAGGAACAACGGUUGAUUUAGAGAAAGAGGUAAGGAAAGGGGGAGAGUCUGCAAAAAUUAACAGCAGCUGCUUAAGUCAGUGGAGAGAGGACUAAUCCGGAAGAAACAAGAGUUCAUGUGCCAUGGGGACAUCAGCCUCUAAGCAGUUUUCAGAGGAGGUGUUGCGGAGUCAUAACGACUAUCGUAGGAAGCACCAGGCACCCCCUCUAAAGCUGAGCAGUAAGCUGAGCAGAGAGGCCACUCGGUAUGCCGAGUCCCUGGCCAGCACACGAAUCUUGAAGCACAGUAUUGAGUCCAGCAGGGGGAGCUGUGGAGAGAACCUGGCCUGGGCCUCCUAUGACCAGCCAGGCAAGGAUGUAGCUGACCGCUGGUAUGAUGAAGUCAAACAAUAUAACUUCAACCGGCCUGGCUUCUCCUCUGGCACAGGUCAUUUCACAGCGAUGGUGUGGAAGGGCAGUAAAAAGCUGGGAGUGGGGAAAGCCACUGCAUCAGAUGGCUCGUCCUUCGUGGUGGCGAGGUACUUCCCUGCAGGAAACAUCACCAACCAGGGACACUUUGAUAGUAAUGUCCUUCCACCCAAAGACUGAUGACUUACCCACAUCCCCCAAAACAGACCAUUCAAAACAUUGCACUUUGAGUCAUGACUUGAGAGGAAAAAAUGUAUAAAGACAAAACCACCAAUACGAUUGCCCGGUUGGAAGAACAGUAUGGAAAAAAGCACAAGGGCUUUGCAUCAAUACAUGGUAGGUUUCACAUGAUUUUUUUGCUCUCUGGAAUCGGUCGGGAGUUGCUGCGAUGAGACAAGCCCGUAGAUACAAUUUAAUACAACAAAAUUGGGUAAGGAAAAAAAAAAGGGGUUAAAAAAAUCUAUGGCAGUAAAGAUUCUGUGUGUGUUCUUUGUCUUUUGUGUAAACAGUGUAGUCUAAUUUGGGAUAUACAAUACAGCAUUCCUUGUCAGUUACAACAAAAGAUACUGCAGAAACAGGGUGCAGUGUAAUGUACACAAUGCAUUGGGGCAGAAAAGAAUAAUUCCAACAUAUGUGUAGAUACAAUUCUGAUGAUACCUUUUUCUUUAAGUAUGUUAUAGCCUGAGUUUAUAAAAGGAAAUGAUUACAUUCACCAAAGUUUCACUAUUGGGCAGCAACUCCAUAACCGCCAGAGUUAGAGAGUAAUCAGAAUUUAACCGUGGCUUUGUUUUGUAUGGUACAGUCUGUCUGCCUCAAUAGCCAUAUUUCAAAUGAUAAAAUAAAAGCAUUAAAUCAAAGAUGGUUUAGUAUGAAGAUACACAAACUGAUUCUCCAAUAGAAAUCACUGUUCUAGGCUGAAGUCACGUAUACAGUUACUACUGUAGUACUGUACAGCUACGGUUUGUUGUACAACAUGUUCAAAUGUGUAGUCCUAGAAAUUACACAUAAUAGUAGCUGUAGAGUAAGCAACAACAACACAACAAAUCUAGAUAGAGAAUCCACAUCAUAGAUUCCACAUUCACAGUUUCUAGUUUAUACUCCGGGAGGUUUGCCUUGGAAUGAGGUGUGGUGAUUUGAAGUGGGAAAUGAGCUUAUGGUUUAAAAUAAGCUGUGUGUCAACACUAGGGGGAGAUGUCCAUAGUCAACCAUAUGAUAGAAGAUUCCCUUUCACUACUACAAAGGGUUGUUACAACACAAACAUCUGUCAACGGCAAAUAAAACUGUAAACUAGAAUUUUGUGUGGCAGAAAUACUAGAUAUGUACCUAUUGUGUAAUGUGUUUGUUUUUCACCAAUAUUGUUUUGUUUUUUGGAUGACAAAUCUGAAAUUAAACAGACAGGGUUUAGAACAUUGUGUGGGUACUGAGUCAGUGUUAAGCCUGGUUCUGAAAACCCAAAAAGCUACAAUGAGCCAUUGUUUUAUUGGAAUGGAUAAAUGUAUUGAUAAAAUAAUCAACAUUGUAUGAAAUGAUUUUGGCAAAUAUUACAAAAAGACACAGGGACAAUUAGUCUUUCCUUAAAAGCAAAUAAGUAAUAAAUAUAACUGCCUAAUCAACGUGUUCUGGACUUUUUAUUAAUUUUUUUUAGAGCAUUGUGGCAUUCAACUCAGUACUGAGGGAAGGUGUUGUAAAUUUGAUGGUAAAAUUAAAAACAAAUGUGAUAACAUGAUUUAAUGGAUUUACACAAGCUACCCAAGAACUUAUUCCAUGAAGUGUUAAACCUGAAAAUAAACUGUUACCUUUUAUA